AAGCAAUCAGAGAUAUUGUUCCUAGUAGUAAUGCCAGGAGCUACUAGUAGCUUCUUGCUCCUAGUAGCUAGCGAUGCACCUUGUUACUAGUAGCUUCUUGUUUGCUUGUUCUCAGUGCCAAUCAUCUUGGUGAGGGUUCUUGCCAUGGCCACUCUUGUGCCAAAGCCACCCUGCACACCUCCGCCGCCUCAUGUUCUAGGAUCAGCAGCCACUGGUUGGAAAUCAUGGAAACGUGAACCAUUCCACAGAAAUUCAAAUGACAGUUGGUUCACCUCUUCUGUGAAAGAAGAAGUCAAGGAGGAAGCGCAUGGAGACGACGGGCACCAGAGUACAGUAUCUACACUCUCUACCACGACACCGUCAGUCUCUCCAAAUGGUGAUGGUCUAAAAGCAAAGGAGCAGGACGACUCGGACUCGUCCAGUGAGGAGGAAGCAGGUCGAUGGAUGGCAAUGAUGAAGCCACCACAGCCGAAGAAGAUGCCUCGCCCAGUGUCUGGGACGGAAGUCGCCACACCCAAGUAUCCACCCCCGUCUCGGGCCAGUCGCUCCAGGAGCCCCACCCGAAAUACCAAGAGCCAAGGCGCUGCGAAGAAGGUCUUGGUGCGCCCAAGCUCCAAAGCAGUGCCGCCCCGUCCUACUCCAGGCAUCUCACCUCUCCAAAAAAAGCAUCCCGUCAGGUCCAUCUCCGCUUGCUCUGGUUUCGGAAGUGCCCUGUGAAACUUCCACAGGACUUCGUCCCCCACCACCCCCAAUGUGCACUUUCCAGGAUUCCCGGCGAAGCCCAUUGCCAGGCCCUCCACCUGUCCAGGAUCCCCCGCCUCAUGCACUACGAAAACCAGCCUCGUCUGUGACUACCCUGGCUCUGCCAGCACCCUCUCCGGAGAGUGGAGCAAUUGUGCCAUGGGCACCUGCAGGAGACGGUCAGAUUCUUGUGGAUGUGGAUCAAGAGGGACUGGCCAUUGGAGAGAUGCUACAGGAUUCAACCUUCCUUCAAGCAAUGCAGGUCAUUCAGGGACACUUAGCAGACGUGCUGAAAGCAACAGGUCAAUCAAAUGGAGGUCCUGUUCGAGUGAACGUGCACGUUGACUUGAGUGGCGGCAGCGGCCCUCCAGCGAUCUGUGGGCCAAGUCCAUAUGACACUCCCAGUUUCCCUCAGCCUGCCAUUGCAGAUAGCGGUCAUGGGCAGUACUACUCUGGCAGUGGCAGUUGGGUGGAUGCCUUGCCACCCACGAUGGCUGCAGAGAGGGUUGUCGAUGCAGCUGAAAUCCGCUUCUGCCAGAGAUCAAUGAAACGACGCUUCCAGGAUGGCCGAUCGCUUGAGGAGCUGAUUCGAGCCCUGUCCGCCGGGCGCAUCAAUCCGAUGACUGCAGACUUUUUGAAGUUGACGGUUGUGGAGAAAAUGGACGAAAAUGGCAAACGCGCCUUGUUCUCCAAGGACAAUCGUCGGCUUUAUUGUUUGAAGGAGUACCAGAAGAGAUGUGGCUUCAAGCCUGUUCCUGUUCGAGUACGCAUUCUUGCCUGGCAAGAUGUGAUGGAAGCAUGCAUGUUCAGGAGGAAUUAUGACACCGAGACUGAUGGGCACGAGAUCUUUCUGCGGUAGUUUCAAAAA